AUGGUGGUUUUACGACUGAAACAUCAGCGCUACAUGACGGCACUCCUGAGCUCCACUACCAUCUUGUUACUUCUGUACUUUCAAAACUCACUGUUGAUUUCCUCCGACGGUUCUUACGGUUUUGUAUCUGAAAGAUCUCCAUGUGCUUGCCGUAUCUGUAUGGCAGACAGAGGAAAUAGUAACUGGUUUAGUGAGCGAUACAACCCCAACAUACCACUUCUGCUCAACAGCACCAACAGUGUAUUGAGUACAAACGUCUCCAGGUGGUGGAAGGAGUUACAAAUUGUACCAAAUGCCGGCAACUACACAGAGGUGGUGGAUCAGCUGUUUCCUCUCUUCCCUGAUAAAGAGCACUACUCAGACACCGGUUCAGAUCGCUGCAGAACCUGUGCUGUGGUGGGAAACUCUGGGAACCUGCUGGGAUCAAAGUAUGGGCCUCUCAUAGAUUUCCAUGACUUUAUCAUGAGGAUAAAUAAAGGUCCGACGGAAGGUUAUGAGAAGGAUGUGGGGUCAAAGACGACUCACCGGAUUGUGUAUCCUGAGAGCGCCAUGGACUUGGACAACUCCACCCAUCUGGUCCUUCUUCCCGUUAAGAUUCUGGACAUUCAGUGGCUCAUCAGUGCCUUCACCACUAAAAACAUCACACAAACAUACACCGAAGUGCCAUCUACGAUCACAGCAAAUAAGGACAAGGUGAUGAUCCUCCACCCAGAAUUCAUAAGAUAUGUCUAUGAUAACUGGGCAGAAGGGCAUGGCUCGUAUCCAUCCACUGGUUUCUUAACACUGAUAUUCGCUCUUCACAUCUGUGACGAGGUCAAUAUAUUUGGGUUUGGAGCUACAAGUGAUGGAAUCUGGCAUCAUUAUUUUGAAAAAAUCUUGACUUCAUAUGAUAUCGGCAUUCAUGCUGGAAGAUUUGAAAAUGAAACAAUCAAUCGGCUCCAACAGGAAAACAAGAUACUGAUUUACAAGGGUUGGCCAUGAAGCAGAAACACUCCCUUAGUACUGUGCAAUACUGCAUUACAAUAUUGAAUACUGAAUUUUGCUGCUGAUUUGUGCAGCAAAGACUUUCUUCUCAAGAUUUAAGAUUUAAGAAGGAUGCCAUCAUUCAUACCCACUUUUAUUAAUGGAGAACAGAUACAGUCAAGUAUCUUCAGGGCCGUCCAUAGGGGGGUGCAACUGGUGCAACUGCGCUUGAACCCCCCAUCAGCUAAGGACGGCCCUGAGUAUCUUGGUAUGGUUUUGGACUGUAAUUUGAGAUGGGACCUCUUGGUUGACUGCAUUAUCACCAAAGCACAGCAGAGUUUGUAUUUUCUAAAGAAACUUGUGUCUUUCCAUGUUAAUAGCAAAAUACUUGUGAUGUUCUAUUUUGCUUUCAUUGAAAGUAUUUUAGUCUUUUGCAGCAUCUGUUUUUAUGGUUACACUACUGAAGCUCAGAAAAAGUGUUUAAGGAAAAUAGUUACUAUAGCUAGUUAAUUAUUGGGCACUACAAUGCCAAGCCUUGAACAGAUUUACAGAGAUACAGUGGCCAAAAAGGCAGGAAGUAUUGUGGCUGAUUUAAAACACCCACUCAGCUCCUCAUUCGAUAUAUUACCAUCUGUGCAAAGAUAUUGUCUCCCUUUGGUAUCAAAAAAUAGGACAACGUUUUCUUUUAUCCCACAAGCAAUAAGACUGCUAAAUAACAGUGAAAAGCAAUGAAGUUAGCUGGUCUGGCAUCUUAUCUUAUUGUUGUUGUUGUAUUAUGUGAGAGGGUUAUGAUGUUUUAUGCUGUUUGUUAGUGUGAUGAAAUGGCUUUUGAUAAUGCUGCUAAUCAAUUUCCCCAAGGAGACAAAUAAAACUUACCCUGCCAAAUUAACACUGUAAAUAGUGUUUUACCCAGAUAAGUAGACUAAUAAUAAUUGUAUUUUUUUUUUUUUUACAAUUUAAUUUUAAUUGUUGCAUGUUAUAUAUUGUGUUUAUGCUAUAGAAGAAUAUAUUUAAUAUUGUAUGCAGUAGACUAUCAGUAUUUUAACUGAUCUACAGUACACAAUCGAGUUCAAUACUCAAAACGCAAAGAAUGUAAAUGCAUUUCAUUGCCUCAAAGUAUUUAAGCUUGUGGUGUUGUGUAUUUUUGUGAUGAGAAUAUGAUUAGGUUUGAAUCGUCUGGUCUGAAAAGGUCUGAAAUAAAUUUUACAUUUUAAGUUA